CUAUCUCUCUCUCCUCUUUCUCUCUCUUUCUGCCUUUCUCUCCAUCAGAAAAAAGUUCACUGUAAGUUUUUUUUCCAGUUUUCUGCAAAUCUGAGCUUUUUAAAACCCUAACUUUUGAAGAAUUCCGAAAUGGCAAUCAUGAGCAACGAAGAAGAGAAAAGAUGUCCUCUGUGUGCUGAAGAGAUGGACUGGACAGAUCAGCAGUUUAAGCCUUGCAGAUGUGGUUAUCAGGUGUGUCUUUGGUGUUGGCAUCACAUAAUGGACAUGGCAGAAAAAGAUGAGUCAGAGGGACGAUGUCCUGCAUGUCGAACAACAUACGAAAAGGAGAAAGUUGUUAGAAUGCAAACAAAUAUUGAGAGGGCAGGGAACAACAAUGCCAAUAGGAAAAGCAAACAACAACCAAAGGCAAAGCCAAAAACUAAUGAAGCCAAGAAGGAUCUCACGAAUGUUCGGGUCAUUCAACGUAAAAUGGCAUAUGUGAUUGGCCUGCCUCUAAAUCUUGCAGAUGAAGAUCUUUUACAGCGGAAGGAAUAUUUUGGGCAGUAUGGAAAAGUUACCAAAAUUUCUCUGUCUCGGACAACUGGUGGUGCCAUCCAGCAAUUUGUUAAUGAUACCUGUAGUGUAUAUAUUACAUAUUCAAAAGAAGAGGAGGCCGUGCGGUGUAUUCAGUUUGUACAUGGUUUUGUCUUGGAAGAUAGAUAUUUGAGAGCAUCAUUUGGGACUGCAAAAUACUGCCAUGCGUGGUUGAGAAACACGCCUUGCAGUAAUCCUUCUUGUCUAUAUUUGCAUAGCAUUGGUGCUGAUGAAGAUAGCUUUGGCAAAGAUGAUGUAGCUGCGAUUCAUACAAGGAAUAGAGUUCAACAAAUAGCUGGUGAUGCCAGUAAUAUGAUGAACCGUUCAGGAAAUGUCUUGCCACCUCCAAUUGAUGAAUUAUCUAGCACUGGCUUUACAUUGACUGAGACAUCUAGCAUUAGAAAUGCAGUAAGUGAUGCAUCAAAUGAUACAGUGAAUUACAGUAGCUACAUGGCUCAUGUAAUUCCUCAUGAUAAGGAUGGAGACGCUGGUGGACCAAACAGAAUGACUACUUUUGUUGAUAUUGUCGGACGGUACAAUACUUCUGGUGCAGAGAGAGAUGGAAAUAGCACGGAAGAUUGUAGGAUUUUGAAUUUAUCUUCUGACCUAUCUUCAGUAACCAUUAGCAACGAUAAUCAUAGUCAUGAAACAUAUCCUGAUAAAAUUUUGUUCAAAGUUCCAUCUUCAAAUCACGUUGCCAAUCAUCCGCGAGGCAACCUAAAUUUUGUUGAAUUUUCAGAUGAACCUUACAGGGAAGAUUAUACAUCUUUUGACAGUCAAGGACUGAAGGAUCCAAAUAAUAUGGAUCAAAAGGCUUUUCUUAUGCCAUCUUGUUCUGCUCAAUCCACAGAGAACUCUGGUGGUCGUUUAUUAGUACAUAUGCCAUGUAGUCUGAGUAGCAAUAGAAUGGAUUAUGGAGCUUUACAUAAUCAAGUGGAUGAAGCUUCUCUGCCACUUUCAUGUGUAAAUGCGAUAUUAAAUGAAGGGCUUCACGACUUGAAGUUCCAAAGUUCUGUCAAAUCUGAUAGGGUUUACAGAAGUUCUACCUCAUUUUCCAAUGAAGAAAUAGUGGAGCACCUACGAAGGAUUGAUGGUGAUAACUUGACGAACUAUCAAGAUUCUUCAUUCAAUGCCAUAGAAAGCAGUAUUAUUUCAAAUAUUAUGUCAAAGGACUUGAAUUCAUGUGAUGAUUCAAUGGCCUUGCGUCGUAGUUUUGUUGGCUCGUAUGGUGAAUCUGUUGGGAAGCAUGGUGCUUCCUGGAAUUCUUUGCACAGCGACCAAUUAGGGUUCUCUUUUGUGAAGCAAGAUGACUUUUCCAGGCAAGGAGGUGAUUUGGAGUCGUCUUUUAGAAAUAUUGGUCAGAUGUCAAAGAAUUCAUCCAUCCUUCAGGAUUUCAGAGAGAACAAGGAUCAGUAUGUGCACAAGGCUCCCUAUCAAAUCACCAGACCAAAAGUUUCGGCUCCACCUGGGUUCUCAAUGCCCCCAAGGGACCUGCCUCACGGUUUUGCCUCAUCUGAUGAUAUAGGAGGAAUGCCUCGUGCUCUCUCUGGUAGUCGUUUAGUAAAUAGUUCUUCAUCAAGUUUGCUUCACACACCAUCAACCGGAAGCAUUAGCAGUGCAGGUGAUAUCGAUUUUGUUGACCCUGCUACAUCAGUCUUUGGAAAUGGCAAACCAACAAAUGGUUUUGAUAUAUCAGCCUUGGAUAUUGGGUCAGCUUGUGUGCCACAGAGGAGAGGGUUUGAAGAUGAGGCAAGAAUCUGGCAUCUUAUGCAACAAAAAUCUUUAGAUCAAGGGAAAUUCUCUCAACGAAUUGCUUCUCAAACACCAUCCGUGCAUCAGUCACGAAGGUUUCCUAGUCAUGGCGGAGAUGAGUAUCUUGGCCAUGAUGAUAUAUAUGGCUUCUCGUCAAGGAUGGUGGAUCAACACCAAAGUUUCAAUCCAUCUUCCUAUUCACAAUUUCCACAGCAGAAGCUUGCGACAAAUGGCCACAUCUUUAAUGCCUUCCAGCACAAUAGCUUGGACGAUGUCCAUCGCAGUAAUGAAGUGGACAGCAUGACACAACACCAGUCAAAUGAUUCAUUAGGUUUCAAAAAAUUCUAUGCUGGAUAUGGAGAUGUGAUGUUCCAGACGCCCCGGUCUGGCGAUGUAUACACCAGAGUAUUUGGGAUGUAACUCACAAGACACUUUACUAAAAUGAAAUUGUCCCCAACUAUUUUGUGUUGUCUAUGUUGUCUGCAGAAAAUUAUAAAUAUGUUACCAGUAAUUACAUACUUGACUAGUAUUGGCUUUUUCGAGUUGAGGUGUGGAGGGAAUUGAGCCAAUUAUUUGUUUCUCA